AUGCCAAUUUCCUCCGAAAAAGAAGAGAUCCUUCUCUCAAAUGCCCUCGAAGCCUAUAAAUCAGGCCAAUUUAAUAGUAUUCAGGCCGCAGCUUCUCAUUUUGGCGUCUCAAAGUGGAAGCUUCGCAACCGGAAGGACGGCAGGACAAAUGGAAAAGGCCGUAUAGCCACCAAAAAAGCCCUGGAUCCCUCGCAAGAAGCCUCUCUUAUUCGCUGGAUCGAGCUACUUAAUUCAGUAUAUACACCACCGACUGCUUUAGAUAUUGAGGGCGCUGCAAACCGCAUUUUACAGCACUGCGGUUCCGACCGGCAGGUCAGUAAAAUGUACGGCUACCAAUUCAUCGCGCGCCUACCACCACACAUCACUCUCCGUACACAAAAGCCUAUGGAAAAAGCGAGAAUCGAGGCCGAAUUACACGGUGAAUUAGUUCAUUGGUAUAAGGUCUUUGGCCAAUUCCUUAAAAAGAAUAAAAUCCAGGCCCACGAACUAUAUAACUGGGAUGAAACUGGCUUUCAGCUAGGUAUUGGAACUAAGGAAAACGUGGCUUCUACCCGCGAACGUGAGACUAUUGCGACCGGUGGAAUAGGCCAGAAUAUCACUGGUAUUGAGUGUAUUUCGGCCGAUGGCUGGGUUAUGCAUCCAUGGUUUUUAAUGCGUGGUUCUGAAUAA